AUGACUACCCUCCCGCUCGACGUUGAGAAAGAACGAGAGUACACCCCACAGAGCGCACAAUCCUCAGGUACCAAUGAUAUCUCUCCGAAUGAGCCCGAAAGUAAUCAUCAAACAAUAAGAACUCCAGAAAAAGCCGUUGCUGAAGACAUAGACGCGGAUGACGAUGGGUAUCCCAAGGGUCUUCGACUGUUCUGCAUUGUUGUAGCCCUUGGUAUGAGCAUCUUUCUCGUCGCCCUCGACAUGACGAUUGUAGCAACAGCCAUUCCCAAAAUCACCGAUCAGUUCCACAGCCUAGACGAUGUUAGUUGGUACGGUUCAGCCUUCUUGAUGACCACCGGCGGCUUCCAAUCGACCUGGGGGAAGGCGUACAAGUACUUCCCCGUCAAAAUCACCUUUCUCGUCUCCGUAUUCCUUUUUGAGCUUGGAAGCUUGGUAUGUGGCGUGGCUCCAAACUCCGUGGCACUUAUUGUCGGCCGUGCAAUCGCCGGAGUUGGUGCAGCUGGUAUUGGGGGUGGAGUUUUUAUUAUCAUCGCUUUCAUUGCUAGUCCGAAACGAAGGCCUGUAUUCACUGGUAUUGUAGGCAUGUCUUAUGGCAUAGCGUCGGUUGUUGGGCCUCUUGUUGGUGGUGCUUUUGCCGAUCAGGUAACGUGGAGGUGGUGCUUUUAUAUAAACUUACCAAUCGGCGGUUUGGCAGCUGCAUCGAUCGUGGUCUUCUUCCACUCGCCUAAAACGUCUUUGCCCGUCAAGGCAACCGUCAAGGAGAAGGUUUUGCAAAUGGACCCUAUCGGGACCAUCCUUCUAGUUUGUGCUAUCAUUUCAUACAUCUUACCGCUUCAAUUUGGCGGACAGACCAAAGCGUGGAACUCAAGUACUGUGAUCGGUCUUCUCAUCGGUUUCCCUCUCAUGAUAAUUGCUUUCAUGAUAUGGGAAUACUUCCAAGGAGAGAGAGCUGCCUUUCCACCACGCCUAAUUAGUAACCGCCUUAUCUUGGUCAACUCGCUUUAUGCCUUCUUCUUCGCGGGCUCUUACUUUAUUGUCAUUUAUUAUAUUCCCAUCUACUUCCAGAGCAUCCAAAACGUCAGUCCCACGAUUUCCGGUGUCCGGAACCUGCCGUUGAUCAUCUCCAUGUCGAUAGCCCUAAUCGUCUCCGGCGGUAGUAUUACCAAAACUGGCCAUACUGCGCCUCUGAUGGUCAUUGGUGGUGUUAUUGCGACCAUUGGCUCUGGUCUAAUCUACUCAUUGGAUAUUGGAACAAGCACAGGCAAGUGGAUUGUAUACCAGAUAAUCGGUGGCAUUGGAUGGGGACUGGCAUACCAGGUCCCGAUCAAUGCGGCGCAGGGCAUGGUCGAUCCUAGCGAUAUUGCAACAGUGACGGGCAUUAUAAUCUUCUUCCAAACCGUCGGAGGCGCAGUCUUCGUCGCCGCAGCGCAGUCUGCCUUUGUAAAUCAGCUCAUCAUCCACCUUGCCGCCAUCGCACCAAACAUCGAUUCCAGUCUAGUGGUAGCAACUGGUGCAAGCGAUCUACGAAGUGUCUUUACACCCGCGCAAAUGGCUAGUAUCUUGCCCUCCUAUAUGGCGGGKCUCAAGGKCGCUUUUGCGCUCUCCAUUGCUGCGGCGGGAUUGGCUUUUUGUCUUAGUCCAUUCAACAAUUUUAGGAAAAUAAAUGCGCAUGCUGAUAGCCCCGCUGGCGCAGUAGUGUGA